AAUGCAGACACCAGCUAGACACCGGAAGUAAGCGAUGCAAAACCAACUAUCGUUAGUUGCCUAGUAGUUCGGUGGGUAACUGUUUACAACAACAAAAGUACAUUUUCGAGUCGAAAGUUUCAAGAUGGGUACAACGGCAAGUCAACUUGGGAAGGAUUUGCUCUCAGAAUACCAAGAGCUGACAUUCUUGACAAAACAAGAAAUUCUUCUUGCUCACAAGAGAUUCACUGAGCUGCUCACGAAAGAUGAGAAAGGCCUUCCAAAUACCAGAGUACCAAUGGAGAGGAUUCUAACUCUGCCAGAGCUCAAGUCCAACCCUUUCAGGAAAAGAAUCUGCCAUGUAUUCUCAACAUCUGAACAGAAAGAUGGAAGCCUCACAUUUGAGGACUUUCUGGACCUCUUGAGUGCCUUCAGCGACUCUGCUACUCUGGAAAUCAAAUCCCACUAUGCAUUCCGCAUAUUUGACUUUGACGAUGAUGGGACUCUUGAUGUUGUUGAUCUGGAGAAGUUGGUUAACUGCCUGACCGGUGAGACAGAUGACACAAGACUAACAACCGAAGAAAUGAGACAGCUCAUCAGCAACAUUCUUGAAGAGUCCGACAUUGACAAGGAUGGAACCGUGAACCUCUCAGAGUUUCAGCAUGUCAUUUCAAGGUCACCAGAUUUUGUCAGUUCUUUCAAGAUUGUGCUGUGAAGACCUGUAGCAGGCGGUGGCAAUGCAUUACCCUUUAACUCCCAUAUGGUGUUUAAUUUUCAGUUAGAACAAUUUUAGAUAUUUGCCUUAAAUUAUAUUUACCUGUGGAUUUUACUGCCUUAACUGUUGUAUCAUUUGUGAAAUAUAAAACCUGUGAUUUUUUAAAAAAUUAAAAAUAUUUCCAAAAACUA